AUGACAAGCGGACACCUUCCUGCUUCGGUGGUUCUCAGCCAGCGGCCACGGACAAACAUCUACGAGCUGCCUGAUGCAUCUCGAGAUGUCCUAGGUGAGUACAUUGCCACUGUGGCCACACCAGUGCCAGAGGCUACGAGGCAAUCAAUGCAGUACUACCAGGCAGUCGGGCAGCGCACCAUCAUGAAGAGGUACGACCAAAUUGGAGGCCGAAUGGCACUCUUCUUUGAUGAUGGUGCAGUCGGGGGUCCUUCCGGCUGGUGGCUCUCCCAGGAGUCUGCCUUUGGCGAGAGCUGCCUUCUUUGGUGUGCAGGUUCAAAAGAGCAUUUGCCGCAGACGGGGUGGCAGUGGCAAGGCUACCUGGGCUAUUACGAGGUUGAUCUUGAGGUUGCGGAAAAGAAGCCGGAGGAGACUCCAGUUACCUCUGCGACCGACCUGCUAAUGAACGUUGUGGGGAGCAGUAUGGUGUGCUGUCUGAAGGGCACCGAGUUGUUCCUGGAACAUGUGACCACCAAGCUGGCAUCUGCGCGCUCCGCCGGAGGACUGUUUGCCACAGUCCCGGAGGCGAAUCCUGUAGUAGUCGAGGCGCGAUCGGAGGUGCCAGAGUGGCAAGAGGGGGAUGAUUUGCUGCAAGAUUUCGUCGUGGAUGACGAGCAGCUGAAGGAGGAGGUGCUUGCAGCCAAGCAGAGCUUCCUGGAGAGUUUCAAGGUGGUCGAAGAAGUGUUUGCAGCUUUUGCUUGGUUUUCCAUUUGGUUGGUUGCACAGCAUGGGCAAAAGUGUUUUUGA